AUGGUGUGGGUGCUCAGGGGACGGGCCUGCUGCUGGGCGGCCGGAGAAGGGCCUGUGGUUCGUUCCGGGUGGGCAGUGGUGGGGGCAGUCCUGACCGCUGAGACAGGAGAGCCCGGCUCCUCAGAUCUCAAACUGCCCUCUGGAGAGAUCACCCGCGGUAAUGACACUCACCGCUCUCGAGCAUCCUCCCUCUGUAUGACACCCUCUGUCUAUGACUACUCCGCCUUUGCAGGACUCUCCCGCGUGGAUGACACCCGCGACAAGGACGUCCCUCUGUAUGCGCUCCUCAGGAAGUGUCGCUCGCGCGGAUUACCCGCUGCCAUGACGUGCCCGCGCUGCAGUGACGACCCUGCUGCAAUGACGCCCGCGGAAGGACGCCCGCGUACGCCCGCGGACCGCCCGUGGAAUGACUACCCCCGCGACCGGAUCAGCCCUCAGGCAUGUCUCCCUCGUGAGAUGACAACGCCGCUGCCUAACCCUAUCCCUAACGGCGUGGUGUUCAUGUGA